UCCCUUUUCUAGAACCUUUCUAUAUGCCGGAGGUGGGAGGCCUCCAUAGAGUCCGAAGCUUUAAGACAACAUCCAAAGGUCUCAUCAACCAUGGAGACUCCUUCAAAAAGUCCACAAACAGCCUUAUGUCCGCUGGCAGCGCCACCUCUAUCCCUGACGGUGCCAAGAUGUCCCCCCGGAGAGCUAGUUACGUGUCGGACGACAGCGCCUCGGACAGUCAUGACUCCAAGAGCAACCUACAGGUUUACAGGGUACUGAUGAUGGGUGCCCCGGGUGUAGGAAAAACGGCGCUCACAAGACAAUUUAUGACGUCAGAAUACAAAGGAACUUAUGCAGAGUCUAAUACUCCUGAAAUUGGAGAGCCAGAGAGAAAUGUGAACGUUCAGUUGGACGGAGAAGAGUCCGUGCUUCACUUCCUAGACGAAGAGCAGCACCCAGAUUUCGAGGCGGAGGAGAUCCCCAUCGACGCCUAUGUUGUUGUGUUCUCUGUCUCGGACACACAGUCCUACAACCAGGCCGUCAAAAGCCUGAAGACCUUGAGGGAAGUCCACGGAACCAACAAGGCUGUCAUCCUAGUGGGGAACAAGAUCGACAUAGCCAGGGGAAGACGGGUCACAAAACACGACGCGAUGCGAGUCGCCAAAAAGUACAACUGUCGCUACACAGAGACGUCCGUCGCUCUCAACCACCACGUAGAUGAACUGUUGGUCGGAAUCUUGAGCCAAAUCAGGGAACAGAUCAACCCGCCAGCCGCUGCGGCUUUAGCCCCACCCAAAGAGGCGGCACAUAGGUCAAGGUCAAAGUCACCAGGGAGAGCUAUUACCGAUUUCUUCUCCAAAAUAUUUGGUCAAAAUGACAAGAAAGCCAAAUCGUGUGAAACAUUAUUUGUGCAGUAAGAAGGGAACUUGUUCAUGAUCUAUUGUGUUGUGAUGUUUGAUUUAUGUUAUCAAGAGUCAAGCGGCGAAGCUGAAAAAUCAAGGUCAAAGGGGGUUUACUUGUGUUGGUUUGUACAUUGUACUUCGUAUCUCGCUGAUGAACCCAUCUUAACAGUUACUGCUGGAAUGCAAGCUCAUGAAGUGAAACUUAGCAAUACAAUGUUGUGUGUACAAUUUACAGCAUUACUGAAUGGAGGAGAAUGUUGUUGUUCGUGUGUGCCCACAAUGACUGUGUGACUGAACUUUGCAUAAAACUGGUUGAAGUAAAAAAUAUUUACAGACGAGCUCUACUGUGUCUCCUGAUCAUUGUGGAACAAAGCGUAAAAAUAUUAUAUAGUCCCCGAAAAGUCCACGGUAUAUCUAUUUACGUGUAAUAAAUCUGUUGUAUUUGUACAUUUUGCCAUGCUUUUUCACCCAAGCUGCUACUGUUGAUGAUUUAGAAGAGUUGAAGAGCGUAGCGUACAGAAGGUAUGCGGUGACAUACUGUAGUUUGUGGUUCGUGUGCCGAUCAUUUCUGUUACGUGUUUUGUGAAGGGAUGCAUCAAACACCUGCGUAUAUUAACUCUCAUAACAGCGCUGUCACGUGUUUUUACCUCCAUAUGACGGGAAUAUCUCAUCACUAGUCACAGAACUCGACAAUAUUUUUCCUUGAUUUUUUGGGGACAUUCUUUAUUCGUGUGUUUUAUUCAGUUGUAUUGAGUAUUGAGAAUAUAGCCCAAUGAUCCCGACUGUAUGUCUCAGCUUCAAGCAUAUUAUUUUUAUUAUUGUAUGGUUUUGGUAAAAAGUCAUUUCUGGUCUUUUAGGACGCAGGAUCUCUACAAUUACAGCACCUCGAAGGAGAAUCCGACAAGGGAUACCAAGUGAGCCCUCAGCAGUCGAGUUCGUCCUGUAUGCUAAGGAAAGAGGAGGGGGUCGCAGAAAGGGUACAAAAUGUUCUAAAUGAUUAAGUCAGUAUUCAAUCAUGCAUGAUAAUGUGCAAGUAGCGCGUGAGGGGCUAAAGAAAUAUACAUGUUUUAACCUCUUUUUCUUUUCCCUCUACUCUGCCAGCAAGUCUACUGUGACUUCCAUGAUUUCUUGUUUUUGCAUCCCCCCCCCCCCCCCCCCCAGAUCAUCAGCGAUAAAUUCCUCUGGGUUUGUUUUUUUUCUUCUAACGAAUGGCGAUAAUGUUCCUCAUUAAUGUGUAGGCAUUAAAGAUGAAAGGGAAAUGUCUGCUUUAAAAUGCACAAAGUAUAUUUUUUCAUAUAUCUAAUGGUUUUUGAACCUGUAAAGUGUAAUGUCUUGUUUUAAAGAGGAAUAUUUAAUGAUCUUCAGGAAUACAAUCUGUAUUGUCAGUACCAUCAUUGAUUUUAUUAUUAUUUACCCUUUUCGGGGUUUUAAAAGUUAUUUAUUGCUGUUAUUUGUCACUUUUUGAAAACACGUUACCCUUUUGAAGCAUCGCCCUCUUAUUGUUAUGAGAAAGCAAUAUUAAAUAGCAAUCAUUUCUUUUUAAUUCAGUACUUGUCUUUUUGGAUCUCGUGUUUAGUUACUUGCGAGGCUAAAAUGCUGCGCCAGUUGAAGCAUUCUAAACCCUAACAAACGAAAGACUGACAUUUUAGUCAAGUUUUGAUGAAAAUUGACGUAUGAUUGUAAUUUAAUUGAUUUCAGAAUUAGAAUUUCUAGCUCUGGUAAGAUAAUAAUUGUCCAAAAGUUGUUCCUUUCCUUGAUUGUUGUGAAUAAGAAAAAAAAGGUGGGGGGGGGGGUAAUCUUUGUGUUUUCACUACAGGGGCUUAACUUCUUUAGUAAAUCAUAACAAAUAAUCAUGAUUAUAGUCUAUACCCCACAACUUGUAUGAGUGAUUGAAUCAAGUUUUGAAAAAAAAAUCUUCAACCAAGUAUGAACAUGUACAUCCCUCAAAUAUUACUAUAGCAGUUUGUUAAAAAUAUAGUCUUUGCAACUUUGUCAUAAAUGGACUCAGCUGUAUGGCGUUAUGAACGCAAUUCAGAUGUCCAGUAUAAAUGGCAGAUCGCAAAGAAUUGGUUUCUAUUAUUUAAAGGGGGAAGAUGAAAUAUUCAUGUGAGAAAGAUUACAAUUGAAGCCACUCGAACUAUCGCCAAUUUGUAAUUAGGUCUCUACCAAUUAUAAUAGCCGUUGUUUCUUUAAUUCAUGUAAUUAGUGUCAUGUUGAUUUUAUAUUCUUUGAAGUUACAAAUGAAACUACUAUUAAUGUUGCAUUCUUUUCUGUACAGGAGUUAAGAUUUCUUGCAAAGUAGUACAAUAAUUCAUUAUAAUCAGUAGAUGUCUACGAUUUUAUAUAAAAUUGCCAGUUUGCUGUUAGCAGUAAUAAUUUUAUUUUUGCUUUGAUUGUACUUUAUGCAUGUCCUUCUGAGGUGCCUACUUUUACUGAAUUGCCCUCCUAAAAAAAAGCUGAAAAAGUUGAACUGGUUUUGGUAUUUAAACACGAUUUCAUGAAAGUCUCAUCACUAUCCCUUCUACUGCAUUAUUAUUUGUAUGUAAUGAAUGAUGCUGAUAGAGAACGCCCUAGUGUGUGCAUCUUGUGAUUAGUGCCUUAGUUAAUAUUAAUGUGUCAUCAGUUGUUGUUGUUUUUCUUUAUGUUACCACUUUUUUCAACAAACUGUGGUCAUAUCUUUGUAAAUACUAUGUUGCAAGAUGUGUGUUUCAUAAGUAUCAUUGCUCUAUCUUAGUUUCUUUGUUUUUGUUUCAUUUUCAUGUUCUGUGGGAGCUGUUUUUUAUGGAUUAAGUUUGGUUCUUGUUUAUUGUUGGAAAUUAGGAAGAAUUGAGGAGAAAGGAAAGAAAAGAGAAGAUAGCUUUUGUAUGCUUUUCAAGACAUGUGUUACUGUUGCGAAAAUCAGAUAAAAAUGACUGAAAACGUGCAAAGAUUUUAGUACAUUUUACACAAUAAAGAUGUACCGAAUGUUUCAAA